GCUGGGAAUGCAGCAGCCGAGCGCAUUCACCACGGCGAUGCCCUUUCUCGAGUCAUCAUUGAUGGGUUUCUUGAUGACCCCACACUCAUCGAUUUCAGUUUUCCCGACCAGAUAUGUGGCACAUGGCACCACAACUACACUCGCAUGCACCAGCAAAUCCGGGCAGCCAGCAAAAUUCCCUCCGGCGACCCCCCGCCCGACACGCCGCCCGUGAAAUUUCUCACCUUUGACGGCCUCAGCCACUGCGACAGCCUCGGGGAGACCCUCAUGGGGCUGACGUCAGCGUUCACUGUAGCUAUCCUCACUAAAAGAGCUUUCGUUAUAAAGCACCCGUGCAUCCCCAUGGCGUUUGAACCGGCGUUGAUCGACUGGCAGCCGACAGAAGACGUGGGAUUCGAGCCCGUCAGAAACGAAACUUUUCCGCUCGAGCAUCCUGACCGGGCGGUCACGCCGCCAAUAGGAGCGAGCGAUAUUGUGGAGAUCAAUCUAGAAUUACGUCCCGAGGCGCACCCGGAAAAGGUGUUUCCGCAGGUAGAAGCUGCAAGGAACCUGCGUGUGGUGUGGAAUAAAGACCUGCUGGUGCAUAUGCUGAAGGGGGCAAAUGAAUCGGUGUGGGGAGGGAGACUCAAAGACAUGGGUGUCAGUAUCCCGUACGCUUUCGGCUGCUUUGUGCGAUACCUGCUGAGGCCCAAGCCGGAGGUGUGGCACAGGAUGCAGCCGUUUGAGAAGCAGCUGAGGGGCGACAAGGUGGUGAGCAUCGGCAUGCACGUGCGGCACUUCGGCCGCGGGCCCCCUCCACCCAACACCACCGUUAGCCCGGAGGAGGUGAAGCAAGUCAUGGACGACGUCGUGUGGCCCGCCAUCGAGUGCGCCAAGAAUCUGGAAAACUGGUGGUAUCCGCCAACUCUUGACGUGAAGUGGCUCGUUAUUAGCGACUCGUUGCAACUUAAACAGGAGGCUACCAAAGUGAACGAUUCUAAGAUUGUGAUCACCGAAUUUGAACCGUGGGUCCCACCCUCCCUCCUCAGCAUCAGCCAAAGCCCCCCUCCCCCACUGACUCCUGCACCCCCUCCCUCCUCCGACCCUGCUUCCAAUCCCACCACCCUCCCAGAGGCACCCCCUCUCCCACCCAUCCCCUCUGUUCAAACCUUCCAAGAGACAGUCACUGAGUGGCUGCUCCUCUCCUCGUGCAACUCCUUUGUUGUUUCGACCUCCGCCUUUGGCCGUACAGCCGCCAUGUAUUCGAUGCACCCUAUGAGCAUUUACACGCCGCAGUCGUGUGAGCCUCAGACCCCCGUCCGCGUCAGCAGCUUCGGGGAGGGGUCAAAGCGGCAGUUUUAG